UUCUGACAUCACAAACGGGCUCCCUACCACAGAAAUCAUCUUCGAGCUAAGAGUCGCACGAUUUUCAUUUGUGCUAAUACUUUCGAAGAUAUUUUGUGAGUUUUUGAUAAUAUUGUCGUUUUUCCGUGAAGGAAUCUAAAGACGAUUAAUCGAAUAUGCCGGCGGUCUUCUCGAAAGAGUUGGACCUAGAGUCGCUGAGGUUUACAGUGAGGAAUAUCUAUACUCCGUUCGGACAUCAAUGCAGGAGGUGCAAGCAUCCCCUGAGACUGAGCGAUGUGGACUCCCACAACUUCCACCUGAGAUGUCCCAAAUGCUAUACCACCAUGUGGUGUAUCAGGGAUGGCUGCGGGCUAUGUGUUUAUGAGCUGGGCAGGCCAUUUGUGAAUAAGGCAGACGUACGGACUGUUCCUGUGGACACCCACAACUUCCACCUGAGAUGCCCAAAAUGCUAUGCCACCAUGUGGUGUAUCACUGAUGGCUGUGGAUUGUGUGUCAACGAGCUGGGCAGGCCAUUUGUGAAUAAGGCAGACGUACGAACUGUUCAUAUGAGUGUAUAGUCUAAUAAAGACAUUUCAGCAGUUGCCAUUCAUUCAUCCACUUAUUCAUUCAUUGCUUUAUGAAGGUACAAAAUGCCAAACUCAGUUUUUGGCAGCUGCAAAGCACACCCAAUCUUUGUGACCUUUGUGUAACAUUGAAGUUAGACUUUACAGUGAUUCCUGAAAUCGGCUCAGUUUAAAUGUGUUUGCUGCUUAACAUUAUCUGUACUCUGACCUUGUAGACAACUAAAUGAAUAAAUCACUGUUUGAAAAUGCCUCCUUCAUAAGUGAAGGCUGGAAAUACAACAUACAUGUCGUUUCUUAACAUUGGUAGUUUGAA